UCGACACACACGCGACGACACUUCAGUUCCGCCGUAGCUUUGCUCUCUGAGGCUCCGCGUGACAGAAGAACGGAACGGAACCGAACCGAACCGGUGUCAUGAGCUCUGAGAACUCGAGUGCAGAACUUCUGUUUCCUCUGCGGAAUCUCUUCAACUGCGUGAGAUCCACACGAGAUCGCGUCAGAGAUGGAGAGUCAAAUGAAAGCAGCGGCUCGUUCAGUUUGUUGACUUUCUGGGAGACUUUAGAUCAAGCGGUUAAGGCAACAUCUCAAGAAGCAACCAAACUCAGUUUAAUCUUCUCCAAGCCUCCGUUGCCCUCAGAGCAGGACUGUGUUAAGUUAACAGAUUCUGUUCAGAAGAGCGUCUUGACCUUAUCAACAGUUUACUUCUGGUUACCAAAGAGUCAAGGUGUUACGCUGAGGAAAGCAGUUCGAGAUGCGACCGCUGAAGUUUUGGAGGGUUUGGUUCAGCUGUUGGAUGUUAUUCUCUCUUCUCCUCUACAGAGUUUGUCUCAGGAUCAGUUGACCUCGACCGGAGGAGUCUGGGCCGCCUGUGAUCAGUUUCAUCAGCUUCCAAAAGAUAAUCGCUCGGCUGUAUUGAGAGUCUUGACAUCAUAUAUUGGUUUGGUGAAAGAUGCCCUGGAUGAAAUGGAGCAGGCUCUAGCUGAAGCUCAGGACCCGUUUGGAGACAUCUUAGAUGAUGAUGAUGAUGAAAUGGACGUCCGUGGUAACCAGGACACAUACUGGUCACAGUGGGACCGUCAGCUCAUCGGUCAGUGUCAGGGUCUGAUGAAGGCAUCUGGUGCGUGUCUGCGUAAACUCACUUCUGCUGUCAGAAACAAUGGACAGGUGGAGACGGAAGAGAAGAUCGCACAGUUAGAUGAUCUGGCAGAUAUAGCCAAAGAGAUCAGUCCCAGUAUUGAUGACCUCACUCUCUCUCUUUAUCCACCCGUGGACCGCUGUGCUGUGGAUGAGAAUGUUUGUAAACUGUCAGUUGUGCUAAAGAAAGUCCUAGAGAUCAUAAGGACGAGUCAUGUUUGCAUGGAGGCAGAUUUAUCCUGGGUGGAGUUUCUGGAUGGAGCUGUCAAUCACAAUCUGGAGAAAAUCCAAUCACUGCUGCGUGACUCCAGCUCAUAGCGGUCAUUCAUUCAUUCACUCACUCAAGAGAGUUAACCAAACUAAACUAAAUCUCAUUGACAUGAAUUCUGGACUUAUUUCUUAAGAGUGAAGUCAUCUUUUCAUGUUAUGUUUGGAUGAAUGAUCUGUGUAUUGCGUCAUGUUAUAUAAUAUAUGUGUGUGUGUGUGUGUGUGUGUGUGUGUAUUUAAGUGGAUUCUUCACCUCAGCUUUUAUAGCAGCAGUGUUUGUAAAGGUUUAGUUCAGCACAAACACACACUUUAUUUUUAAUUUUUAUUGACAGAUAAAAACAUGCAUUUGCAAUAAUCUUAAUUAUUUAAUUUACAUCAUGAACAUAACAACUUUAAUAUUUACAUGUAACUGUGCUAUUCAGAAUAAAACAGCAGGAUGAUGAUGAUGAUGAUGACUUUAA